AUGCCGGCCUUUCAAACCAAAACUUUUCGACGGGCAACCACAGCGUCCUCCACUCUAGGGGAAAAGCUUGGUGAGGCGUAUCGGGCUAGGCUUCCAAGGCAUCCGUUUCUUCUUUUCGGUCUACCAUUUAUCAUGAUUAUCGUGGCUGGGUCGUUUGCUUUGACUCCGGCCGCUGCUCUAAGGUAUGAGAGGUACGACCGCAAAGUGAAACAAUUGAGCCAAGAGGAGGCGAUGGACCUAGGCCUUAAGGGGCCCGAUGGGGAGGAGGGAAUCAAAAGGAACCCACGCAGGAGAAUUCUUGGUGAUGAUCGGGAAGAGUAUUAUAGGCUUAUGGCGAAAGACCUAGACAACUGGGAACAAAAACGCGUUCAAAGGUUCAAGGGUGAACCAGAUGGGAAGCUGUGA